AGGACAAUUUUUACACUAGUGCAGGCAUUUGCCGUAAGUAACAAUUCAUCAGGCCAAAAAGAAUGGAACAGAUCACGAAAGUAAAAGCAUCAAGGCGUCUCCAUGCUCUACACUUAAUCCAUUCAAUUUCCUGCAAAAGUAGCAUUUCUUCCAUUACUGUCAGCCCUUCAAGGUCAGCAUACACCAGCAGUCUCCUUAGUUCCUUCUGCAAAUUUUCUACUUUACAAUCGCAAAAGCGUGGCCAGCAGUCGUCAGGGCAGGUUCCCUCCUGCUGUGUGGCUAAGAAAACUGGUAGGCCGGCAGCUUCCUCCUGGUUGUCAUGGAAAUGACCAGGGCCGCUGGCCCUCUGAAAAACGGAAAAGAACAGCAAGUGCGAGACCACACAUUCCAUCCUGCCCUGCAGAUUAAACCAGCUGUCAAGCCAGAGUGAAGGAUCGAGCGAGUUCUUCGGAGCAGAGAAGAGAGCCUGGCGUUGAAACUUCAACACGUGAAUUCUGAUGAACUGGCUCUCGGAGGGGAAGCAUGAGAAUGCUGGGCCACGCUGGGACAAGAAUGGCACCCCCUUCUGGGCACAGCCUCCUCCUGAUCUGUGUAUUGGGCAUCUUUGCACUUGACUGCUUCACGAGAGGUCAGAAGAAUAGCACACUAAUUUUCACAAGGGAAAACACCAUUCGGAAGUGCAGCUGCUCGGCAGACAUCCAGGACUGUGACUACAGUCUGGCCAGCCUGAUGUGCAGCUGUAAAACUGUCCUGCCUUUUGCAGUAGAGAGAACCAGCUACAGUGGCCAUCUGACCAUCUGGUUCACAGACAUAUCUGCAUUGGGCCUUCUUUUGAACUUCAGUCUGGUCCAGGACCUGAAGCUUUCUCUGUGCAGUACAAACACUCUCCCCACUGAAUACCUGGCCAUUUGUGGUCUGAAGAGGCUUCGCAUCAACACCAAGGCCAAGCAUCCCUCGCCAGAGCAAAGCUUACUCAUCCGCAGCGGUGGGGAGCGCAACCCCAGAGAGCAGCCCCCGUCAUUACACACAGGCUGGCAAACAUGCAUUUGUGUAAAUACUGCCAUCAUUGCCGAUUUCAAGCUACUAAGAAAAGUUAUUGAAGACAGUGGAGAAAGAUGCACAAUAGGACAUCGUUAUAAAACAUUUCUGCCCUACAGGUACAAUAGGCACAAAAAACUCAAGAGCAUAAAUAAUAGUAAAAUGUAAUAGAAUAAUUAAGAACUGAUGAGUUUUGAGGAGUUAUUAUCUUUGUUUUAUAUAAUUUUUUAAUUGUGAGUUUAUAUGAUUUAAUUUUUAAUAAUGACUGUAUUAGCAGCCAGCUUGCAAAAUUCAUGAAAAUUUAACAAUCAGCUCUUGUGAGCCAGUACUAGUGCGCCCUGGCACCCCGCUGGAUCUGGUAAAAAGAGAUGAAGAGACUGAGUGAAGACAGUCACUUUAGGGUGUGGAGAGUCACUUGCAAUAUUAAAAUGCCCAUUUUUCUCACUUGCCAGAACUAGAGAUGAGAAUUUUAGGAAAUUUGCUCUCACCUUGCAUGCAGUAGCCUACUCUUCAACACAGAAAGUCAUGAUCCUGAAAGCCUAAGGUGGGACAUGGGGGUGGCAGAGAGACUGAGGAAUCUAAGACCUUAUGAGAAAAAUGAGUUAAGGUUUAAAACCCUUGUGUGAACCUAUGAAAGACCUCUGAAAGGAAGGAAGGAACAAAGGAAAUAUAUUAAUUGCAUUUUAAGUUAAAAAAGGGAGUUGGGCAAUCAAUUUCCAUUUCUCAGACUUGCCCAGAGAUAAGACACAACAGCUAUAAAAAGUAGAAAAUGGAUGCCCUAGCUCAAGCAGAGAGUGAAUUCACCCUUCCUCUGCCUUUUGGCCCUUAACAAAUUAGAGAAUGCCCAUGCAAUCUUAUUUCUUUCCAGAGAUAAGACGAACCCAGAAAUAAUGUUUUACCAGCUACCUGGGCUUUCCUUAGCUGUCGAGUUGACAAACAAAAUUAAUCAUCUAUGUAUUUAGUGUCCAUUUAAGUAGUUAAUUUAAAACAAAAUCAAGAAAGUUAGUUUAUUAGGGACAGUUACAGAGAAGACCACAGUCUGGGGGUUCAUAAAAAAAUUCUGGAAGGAAAUGCACCAAAAAUUAAGUGUUAAGAUUACAAAUGAUUUUCUUCUUUGUAUUGUUCUGUUAUUUUCUAAAUUUCUAAAGUGUGUAGGUACUACUUUUAUAAUUAGAAAAAGGUUUUUUUAAAGUCCACUUAGUUUCUCAGGAAUUUGAACCUUGAUAUUCUUCUUCCCUCUGUAAUCGUACUAUGUUAUUGCAUAUUUAUUGUACAACUUUGCUGGCCUCUAGUACAACUAAAUAACAGAAAAAAGAAAUGUUAAUUCUUCUUGUAUUCCCAGAAGAGAUACUUAUAACUUUGUUGUCUUAACAAUGUAUCUGCUUUUAAUUUUUUUCCCCAAAGAUAGACAAUAAUGUAUGAUACUGAGCUAACAGAGAUAAGUGAGUUCUUUCAGAAGGGACACAUUGUUAUCUUUCCUUUUACGUUGAUUGUAUAGUUCUUAGAUGUAUUCAUAAAGUAUCCAUUGUGAAUGUAAUAUCAAUAUUACAUCAGUGUCUGAUUAUAAGUUAUACUUUUUCACAUAGUCUAGAAGAUGAAAGAUACUAAACUGGGUAAAAUGAUUUCAAAUGCUCUUUAUUUUACAUGAAAUAUUCUAAGAAAAGUUUACUAAAGGAGACAUCCUGGAACUAUUAUUUGUAAUCAUCUUGAAGAAAAAUGUUGUGCCUCAAUCCCAGAAAUCUUCACACAUUUACUACUAAUAAAGAUAUUUAAAUGGCCAUUGGCACAUAAGAAAAAAUGAAUCAACUUGAAAUUUCUAUCAUUUCAUAGCUGUAGUCCUUAAGAUGUAGUAUCUUAUUGAUUUCUUCAUAAUAUUAACUAUAAUUUUUGUUUAUUCACUUGUUUAUUAUCUGUCUCCAGUACCUGACUACAGACUUAGGAGAAAGAAAACAUCUGUCUUAUUGACUAUUAUAUUCCUAUGGCCUAGAACAUAGCAGCUGUUUGAUAAAUUUUGUUGAAAGAAUGGAGAAUAAUAGAAUUAUCCAGUCUAAAUAGCAGAUAUGUUUUUAAAAUACUGAAUAAGUUGAAUAUUUCCAUGCAAGGAAAUAAAACGUUGUUUAAUUUUAUUAUGACACUCUAAAUUUAGAUGAAGAGAAAAAUUUCACUUUCUUUUGUUGAAGGAAGUGUCAUUUCAAGAAAUGAAGGAAUAGCCAUAAUUGAAUUGCCAAUAUAUUCAUAAAAGUUGAAUGGCUCUCCACUAGGAAUACCAAUGGAGCAAAAAAAUUAACUUUUAAAAGCUUGAAUCUUUUAAAUCUGGAUUUUAUUAAUAAUAACAGUUCAUAGAAAAGAUAAUCUUACUGAAUUAGAUAUAGUAGCUAAAUUUCAAUGGCAUUUGAGACAAAGAAUUUAGAAAUUUUCUAACAUUUUUAAUAGGACCAUUCACAUGCUCUGGAUGAAGGUACUUGUCUCUCCUAAGUCACAAUAACUAAAUACUUGCAAGACAGAGCUUUUCUCACUUAUAUCCACCGCUUAAAUGCCAGUGAGCAUGGAUAUCUUCGAAAAAGAAAAAAAAGAAAGAAAGAAAGAAAAGUUCCUCUCUGAACAAAAGCUGUUUUUAAACAAUUGUAUAAUUUACACAGGUAAAAUUAACAUUGCUACAAAAUUAAAAUAACCCUCAGUUA